CACGCACGCACACGCGCGCGCGCGCGCGCACGCUCUCUCUCACAUACACACACACACACACACACUCGGUACCUACCUGCUAGCUCGGCGGUUUAUAUCCCGGUGUCUGACCCCGUCUACAGGAGGGUGAAUACGGAAUAGUCCCCUGUUACAGGACACGUGGAGAAACGUCUCGGUGCUGAACGUGUCGCUGAACGUGUCGCUGAACGGUUAUGCAUGACCAGUAAGUCUAAUUCCAUCUCACUGGACUGAAUAUCUGACCUUUCAGGACGAAGGAUUUCAGAGAUAAAAAGCAGGAGUUAUCUGUGUUAUUUUGCUUAACAGGUUUCCCACUUCUGGGAUUUAUCUUCAAUGCCAUGGGUGUGAUUUUAGAUCUACUGCAUUUAUGUAGGCAUCAUUAGACAUCCUUCAGCUUCCUCUCACAGCCAGCCAUCCAUCCACAGAAAGGAAUAUGGCAAAAAAUGUGACUGAUGUCCCAAGGGAGGAUUUAAGCACGAUCUCAGACGAGGAACUCCUCCGACUCAGCAAAGAUGAGCUGGUUCGAAAGCUCCGCAAAGUGGACAGCGAAAAGAUCGGCCUAAUGGUGGAGCAUGGCAACAUGAUGCGAGACGUGAACCGGAGACUACAGGUUCACCUUCAUGAGAUCCGGAAUUUGAAGGAAGUCAACCAGAAGCUACAGGAUGACAACCAGGAGCUCAGGGAGCUGUGCUGCUUUCUGGACGACGACCGGCAAAAGGGCAAAAAACUGUCGCGGGAGUGGCAACGCUUCGGCAGGUACACGGCCGGCGUCGUCUGGAAGGAGGUCGGAUUCUAUCAGCAGAAACUGAAGGAGCUAGAGCUCAAUCAGGAGACCAUUGUGCGUGAGAACGUGGAGUUAAAGGAGAUCAUCAUCAUGCUGGAGGAAGAGAGGAACGGCGCCGGGUCGAGGAGCUCUAUAGACAGCCAAUCCAGCUUGACCAACCUGAACGGAGGAACAAAUAACGUGAGGGACGUAGGGGACGGAAGCAGUACGUCCAGUACGGGAAGCGCAGGAAGCCCGGACCACCAUCAUGGUCACGGGCACAAACCCGUCGACGGAAAGAUGGCAGCCAUAAGAAGAUCUAUGGAUGAUCUAUCAUCCAACCAUCUCCACAGGAGCAUACCCAACGGACUGAACGAGUCCUCGAAUUACGUCCGUCAGCUGGAGACCAAAGUCCGGAUAUUAGAGGACGACAACAAGCAGAUUUUUUCCCAGGGGAACGUUGGCGAUCUGAAGACGCUGAAGAAAGGCUUGUCGCUGUAUCACUCUGAGUCCCAGCUCUCUGCGCUGUCCAAGCAGCAAGACGCCUUACAGAACGUAUUAGAGGUCCACGAGAACCUGGACAGAAAGAUUCCCGAGGACUACGAGGAGGAUCUCAGCGAGAAAGAGAAAGCUAUCGUGAGAGAAAUGUGUAACGUGGUGUGGCGUAAACUCGGCGACGCGGCAGGCUCCAAGCCGUCCAUCCGGCAGCAUCUCUCCGGAAACCAGUUUAAAGCCCCCAUGUAGCCCUGACCUCGAUCAGCACACGCCGUCCACAACCGGUGCACUUCACAAAGCAAUCAGCGAACAAACCUGCGUACCUAACACCACAGCUCCAUGCCGGCAGCCAUGUUUUAGCAUAAAUUAGCAUCACGCAUUCAACACAAACUGAUUUUUCUUUUUCUACUCACCCAACGAGGAUCUACGGCAGCUAGUGGCAUACGUUCCAAUUCUUUUGAACACCGAGACUAUAAAUUUCAGUCAUUUUAUCCUGACCCAACACUCCACCGGCAACGGAGCGGCAAUCAUUAGCGUCACGAUCUACUUCAGGAGAAUAAACCGUCACCGCGGACAAAAGGAAACGAGAUGCAGCAAUCUACCUCUGUUUGUCUUUACUCUAAAGAGGGUUACACGAGCACACACCACGAUUGCUUCCCUCCUUUUCCUCUACUUCCAGUUCCCAUGAUAUAAUCUCACUGUUUUAGAAACGAACAGUUUUUCUUAGACGUCCAGCGCAUGAAAAACCUCCAGAGGAAAAACUGUUUUCUCCGAUUAGGACUUGACUCCGUCUCAGUGUAUACGGCCCCAUUUGUACUAUAUUUUAGACCAACUUGACAAUCGUUUGUAAAUGAUAAACUAUUAGAAUACCUGAAGCUAUAAGAACUUAUGCAGUUAGUCCCUUUAACACCGAGGUAGUUCCGCGGAAUUGAGUAGAAGCGCUUCUUUGCUAACGAACGCUUCAGAUCCAGCGCAGACGUCUGAUCCGGGGGUUUGUUUGUAAACAGGACGAGGUCUUAAUGUUGUCUGAAAGCACGUAGCCGAGCCGUUUAAGCUAUGACUCCAGCCGUACGUUCUCACUAGCAAACGACAAAGAACCUGCUUUCUAUCAAGCGACACUUGAAUCGGGAUUUUUUUUUUUAAAUACUAUGCAAAUCAGACGCGACACGAUACGAUCGGCUCGAAGGAUUCCUCAUGCCGAGAGACAUUACGGAGAAAAGUAAAGCUGGGAAGGAAGCUAGCUUUAGAAGCUAAAUAUAGCGCGUAUUGUUUCUCAUCGGAAAUAAAGCAAACAGACAAAAAAAAAAAAAAAAAAAUGAAAAAAUGAGCCGAAGAACAUAAAAGCAGUACAUUUUGCUCGUGUGAACGUAAGGUUAGCGCCGGUCCUUCAGACCUCUAGGCAAACGUUCCGUCAUUCACGUACAUGAGAUACAGCAGUCACGUAUGAACAACUGCGUAGACGAAGAAAUGUCAGCCGUUUAAAGGUGCCGUCUGUAACUUUUAUGAUUAGUCUGUUAUAUUUCAGAGAUUGCUUUGUUUAGGUUUCAUUGUACACUUUUCUGACCCUGGAAUAGGCUCCGCCCCCAAGCCGAAAGGAGCCACUCGGGCCAGAUUAUAAAGGCGUUCUGUAGAAAGCAAGCUAUCGAGGUAAUGUAUGUAAUGUAACUGCACCUCUAAAGUCUUUCUGCCGCGUACGAAAGACUCUUUACUGCCACAAAAGGUAUUUGCUGCAUUCGUGUAUCACGGCGUUUAAAAGUGUAAAGUCUCAGCGGUGUUUAUCCGUGUUCCGAUAUUUUUAUUUUUCUUCUAGAUCUUUCUCGCGCGAAUGAUAACGAUCGUCCUGUGAGGAUUUUAUUUCCGGGCAGCUCGGGAAGUUCCUCGUCUCGUAGUCACGUGGCGAACGUUACUGAGGGCAGAACGUCAGAGCUUCCUGAAGAUUCGUGUCUUUCUUUACACACUGAUACACAUGAUUUUAUCCACGUUGGAUAAAAUUAAACCUAAAGAUAGAGACACAGAGUCAGGAAUGUCAGGAAUAUAUUAAAGUGAGCAACUUCCGGGUGACGCGGCGUGACGCGACGCGACGUGACGAACCGAAGUUGAUUCUUUUCCUCGAACAGCACAUCAUGAAGUUUUUUAUUCUUCUUAUACUGCAGAAAUGACCACAUUUUAUUUAUUAAAGAAUGACAAGUUGUACGUUUUAUCUGUUUAUUAGUACCUUUUAUGGUUUGGUUACAGUUCUCGUUUAUGUCAAAGCAGUCUUCCCUUCAGCGGCCUUUCUUACCGACGCUAGAGACUCCUUCCUUCUUUCUUCUCUUCGUCUCCUUCCGAAAAAACAUACAGUAUAACACUUUUUCUGCCUUUUAUUUUUGGCUUAGUUGAUGCACAGCGACCAUGAUAUAGGUCUCUUUGUAAGCUGUUACUAUAGCAACCGAUCGAUAACGCAUCGAUACCUUCAAACCAAUCAGAAUCCAGGAUUUAUCAGCACCGCAGGCGUAGACCCCGACAAUGAAUUAACACAACUUUUGGUUGGCAGCGUGGAGUCCAAAAUAUCCCAGAAUUCUGUGUUUGCAUCCUGGAGGAAAGAGUUUGAUGUGAACGAGUCGGACAUUUCUGGAACAUCUGCAGCUUUCUGGUUCUCUCUCUCUCUCACACACACACACACACACACACACACACACACACACACACACACACACACACACACACACACACACA